UUCCCAGUUACUUCACAGCAAUACUAGAACUGUUCUUUAAUCAGUAAGAUACGUUUUUGGACACGAAGUUUAUGAGUUGUGCAGGAAUAACCGUUAUAAUUUAAUAGGCAGCUAAUAUAUCUAUUUACUGACGGAAAAGUACGGGUGAUGGAUUUACAUAUCUACCAACUAUUUAUUGUAUGUUUAAUAUUGUUGUGUGUCGACGGAAGUCGUUUAUCGAAACCCCGCAGACUGAAAACAAAAGUUAUAUCUCCUACUGCAAUAAAAGUACAGUGGAAAGAUCCCAAUAAUCAUAAACUUGUUUCAAAUUUAAUAUAUAAAGUGAGGUACUCUAAAACACGUAAAGGGAAGGUGUAUAAAACUAUAAAUACCAAAGAUAAGAGUAUAGUUAUAGAGGAAUUGAAGCCAAAUACAACUUAUCAAUUUUCCGUGCGGGCCCAGGAAGGCAAGGGUCGUGACAGAGUUAGUUCGUGGAGUUUGACAGCAUUAAAUAAAACCCUGAAACAAGUAUCUGGCACGGCUUCAAAGCUAAAGGCUGUUCCUUUGACAUCCACGUCUAUAUUACUGACAUGGAAAUUACCUCCCCAAAGAAACAGAACCUCUGGAUUUUAUGUAUUAUGGUCAGAAGUAGACGAAGAUGCACGGGAAAGUCGAGUAGCGGUUUCCAAGCAAUCGAAUUCCUCACUCUUCAGGGACUUGAUACCAGAUUGCUUGUACAGUUUUCGUGUGGUAACGUUAAAAGCAAACGGUGUAGAAAAGAGCACACACAAAAUAUAUGCGCGUCCAUACCAAGCUCGACCUGCUCAAGCACCCCGAAAUGUUUCUUUUGCGCUUUUAGAAAAUUCGGUAUUACAAGUGACCUGGUUACCCCCACCAGUAAGACAGAGACAUGGUACAAUAUUAAGCUAUAAACUACAAUAUACCAGAAAGGGGGCUAGAAGGGGUGAUAUAUGUACUAUAACUAGUUCUGAUAAACCACGGAUAUAUAAUCUUACAGAAUUAAGACGAGGUGAGACAUAUCGCAUAAGAAUUGCUGCAAGAACUGUUAACGGAACAGGACCUUACUCUAAAUGGGCACCAAUAGACAUUCCCCUGAAGUGGAAAGGGAGCCGAAGAAAAUCAAGUAAAAAGAACCAAGCUGAUCAAAAACAGAAAACGAUACCUAUACCCACAACGACCACGGCAAGAUCACCUAAUGAUGGUUAUCCUGAGAUGCCAGAAGGUUUAAAUGCCACAGCUUUGUCUAGUACCAGUAUAAAACUAAGUUGGAAUAUACCAUCGUCGCCAGCCUGUUGUCCUAUUGUAGCUUAUACAAUACAUGUUACCAAUCUCGACAACCUUAAAGAUGAAAAGGAGUUGGUUACUGGACCAAAUACAGUAGAAAUCAUAGAAGAUCUUGAUCCAUCAACCUACUAUGGUUUUAACGUGACAGCUUUUAAUACACAAGGCGUUAGUCAUGAUUCAGAAGAAAUAAUACAGAAAACAAAAGAACCGGUUCCACCACGGAUUGUAAAGAUUAACCAUUCUGAUUCUGUAGAAGGUGGUAUAGUAAAUAUAACAUGUAUAGCUACUGGUGACCCUUUACCAUGGGUAUCAUGGCAUAGUACCAACUCUACAGCAUUUGCCCAGACACAUUCUGAGAUUAAAAGUUUCAAUAAUCGUCAGCCAGAAAAGGGAACUAAUGAAAUGACUGUCAUGUUUCAAGAUGUUAGUACUAGACAAGCUGGUAAAUAUAUGUGUUUAGCCAAAAAUAUAGCAGGAUCGGUCAACUCUACUUUAGAUUUACAAGUCAAUGUCCCAGUAAGAUUUACCAAGAUUGAAGGUGGUAUUGCUAUGAUAGAAUCGUCUGUAAAUCUGACAUGUGCUGCGAGUGGUGUCCCUUUGCCCUCAAUAACUUGGUUAACUCCAGAUGGUUUGGAAGCCUAUACAGAUGAGAGGGCUACUAUAUUUGAAUGGAUUGAACGCGAAUCAGAGUAUGAACAUGUUGGUACUUUGGAGGUUUUGUAUAAUGUUUUACGUCUAGAGGAUAUUGUCAUGGCGGAUGGUGGUAACUAUACUUGCCUAGCACAGAAUGAUGUCAACUUCUCCAGGAGAAAAGCUGAACUACAGAUUGAAGUUCCGCCUCCACCACCAGUGUUAAACCUGCAGGUCUUUCCUGUAUCACCUUCAGUAGUUCUAGUUUCCUGGACGAGACCAGAAUAUAAUUUUACCAUUACCUCUUACAAAGUUAUUUAUCGUAAAAAGGAGUCUGGAGUAGAGGAAUCUAUUGAUACUAUGGAACAGUCGUGUCACAUCAGCGAUCUCACAGCGGAUAAAUUAUAUAAAAUUAAAGUGUUAGCUUUUAACAAAGGACACGGAGAUCCGAGCAGAAUAGAAAUCAGAACUCUGCGAAACAAGAACCUACAACCAGCCAACGUUUCCGCCGUUGCCCUAAAUACCUCGAUAAUUCGACUUGAUUGGGAAGCCCCCUACGGUAUCGACAGAGUGUAUAUAAAAGGCUAUUUUAUAUACUAUAGAAAAGAGAAUGGUUCUAAUGAAGAGAAAUUAUACACCCAUGGCAGCAGAAAUAAACAAUUCCUUAUAGGUUUAGGAAAACAAGAUAUCUACUUUUUACGAAUUGCAACAUUAAUGACUUGGGGUGAUGAAUUUCCCUCUCAGUGGAUAAAAAUAAAGAAAUCGGCCCAAGAACUGCUACCACCUCCAGAACCAACCAACGUGUUCAUUACUCCAGCCUCCGAGAAAGUUCGUAUUACCUGGCAGUCACCUGUCGGUAAAGGACAGGGUCUGAAGGAUUUAAAGGGUUAUAGAAUUGUGUAUGGACCAAAGGACGACACUACUGCCAAAAUUAAGAAAAUUCGGGUAUCCAAAUUUGCUACAAGGCACACAAUAACAAGUCUCCGUAGUUCCAGGGACGGCUUAUAUUAUAUCUCUACGGUCAUUUAAUGAUUAUGGCGAGAGUUCUCCGAUUUAUCUACGAACUACUACAAAAGCAACGCGACCAGGACCUGUACAGAGUGCAUCAGCAACACCCCUCUCAUCGACCACUAUUUUUGUAUCAUGGAUAACACCGACUAAAGGUCAAGCUACCGAUUACCACGUUCGUUACUGGCGACGCUUUAAAAACGAUAAGCAAUCCCAAUGGAUGAAAGCACCACAGACCAACAUCACCGUGAAAGAACUAAGGAAAUUCAGAGAAUACAAAUUUGAAAUUAUACCUUAUCACGAAGGUGAAAUUGGAGAAAGCACGGUUCUGUUUGCUAGAACUAAAUCGGAUGUACCAGAUGCCCCUCCAAGAAAAAUCAAAAUGAAAGCAAUAAAUGCUACGGCGAUGCGGAUAAGAUGGGACGUUCCACCUAAAGCAUUACAGAAUGGUAGAAUAACCGGGUAUAAACUAGUAUUUAAAAGAUUUAAAUCUAAUCGCCCUCUCGCUACAUUUACCGUAGAUGGAAAUAGAAAGAACUAUACGUUUUAUGGCCUCGAAUCCAGUAUGCAAUAUAAAGCUAGGGUAGCUGCUAUGACGAUACGCGGUACAGGUCCUUACUCCAAGUGGCACUCCGGAAAAACACUAGAAGUUGAGAAGCUACCACCGGAACGACCAGCUAGUCUAACGUUACUAAGUACAGAACGAUCUAUUCAUAUCAGCUGGACAUUACCCAGAUAUACAGGUGCUUCUAUUGAUGGUUAUAUAUUAGGAUAUGGCAGAUAUAUACCAGAAGUAAAUCGUCAAAUCUUACCUUCGACAUCUUUAUCACAUGACAUCAAACAAUUACGUGAGAAUACAGAAUAUAUCAUCAGUAUCCGAGCUUUCAAUAAGUAUGGCGAGAGUUCAGCAACAUAUGAUUUUAUCAAAACCAAAGAAGUGCCAUUGAAGUUAGAACCACCAGAAAUGAUCAAGGCCAUAACACUCUCUUCAACAUCUAUUGGCAUAUAUUGGAUUGAUCCAGCAUUAAAUAAGUUCCGGAGAAGAGAUAGUAGGCAGUACACGUUACGCUAUUCUAGCGAAUCUGAUACAGAUUAUACAUAUCGUAAUGUAUCUAAACCGCCCGUUAUACUCGACAAUCUGCAAGUACAUACUAAAUAUGAAUUUGCUAUAAGGGUUAUACGGGGUACAGAUUUUAGUAAAUGGAGUUUACCAGUAUCUAAUACGACAUUCGUUGAACCACCAAAAUCCGUCCCCAUUAAGCUGGGUGUAACGGCUACAGAAGAACCAUCUAAGUUGACUGUUUCGUGGAAACCGGUUGAAGUUCCUGAACAGCUUACAAACCAGGACCAUUCGCAAUCGUCACCAUAUGAUGUAGUUAUAUCGCAACAUGGAAUAAGUCAUAAUACAGUUGAUAUGACCUGGUCUAAACCUCGACAACCUGAUGGAAAACUAACAGGUUACCACAUUUCAUAUACUAGUAGUAAAGGUGAUGAUUUAAUUAACUGGAGGAGAAUAGAAACUACCAAUACAAUGGUUACUGUAACACAAUUACAAGAAAACACAACCUAUUAUUUUAAAGUACAGGCAUUAUAUACAACUCAUGCUGGAUAUUUCUCUGAUAUGGUUAACUUUACAACAAAGACUGGAGAUCAGAACUCCGAUCAGAGAAUGCCAAAGACGAAAGAUUACACCAUGACGAGCACAAAAUCCACACCCAAGAACAUAAUAAUAACACCUGAUACUGUUUCAACACACCGCUACACGAAAAGGCUAGAUCCUCGUCUACAGGGAGUACCAAGAGUAUCAGUGAUCACCAAUACUACUGACCAGAACGAGCCAACAAGUAAACGUUUAUACACGAAAGAUUCCCUCUCAAUAAAAACAACUGUGUUACCUGUAUAUGAAGAAUUGUUACCGCCAGUAAAUAUAACAUUAACCAGUACAAACUCUAGUAUUACUGUUAUUUGGACUCAACCUCGCCAUACAAACCAUAUUACUAAAUAUAUAAUACAAUAUGGUACUACAGACUCACAACAAAUACAAACAGAAGAAGUGGAGAAACUGGAAGCCACAGAAUUAUCAGUGAUAUUGUCCAAUCUAGAAGCGACCACGACUUAUACUAUCAUUAUCCAAUCAGAAGGUUAUAAUGCAGUGAGUGACAGCGUUUCCAAGACAAUCUCAACCAAAGACUAAAAUUAUCAAUUCAUAUAUUAUUAGAUAAAUAGAUACGCUUGUACUAACUGUAGAUAUAGAUAAACAUAGAACCAAUUUGUGGAGAAAAAAAAUGAAAAUAAAAAGAUAAGAAUGUGUUAUUGUGUAACGGUAAUUUAACAUUGAAAAUAAACCUGUGUAUAUUUUGGGAAGCCAUAUUAUAGAAGAAUAUUGUGACGUUUGUUUGAAUAUUUUUCAUUCAUUAAGUAACAAUUUUAUGCCAGAUUACUCAGAAAUUAAAUGAUUAAUGUAUCGAUAG